AUGACAAAAAAACCGAGAAUAGUGAUCAUCGGAGCCGGAAUGGCCGGUCUCACGGCGGCGAACAAGCUCCACACUCACUCCAACAACACCACCUUCGACCUCUCCGUCUUCGAAGGCGGGUCCAGACUCGGCGGGAGGAUCAACACCUCGACGUUCUCCUCCGAGAAGAUAGAGAUGGGUGCCACGUGGAUACACGGCAUCAGUGGAAGCCCUGUUUAUAAAAUCGCCAAGGAGACUGGCUCUCUCGUCUCCGACGAGCCUUGGGAGUGUAUGGACCCCACCGUCGAUAAUAAGGUCAAAACCUUCGCUGAAGGUGGCUUCGAGGUUGACUCAUCAAUCGUCGAACCCAUCUCGGAGCUGUUCAAUGCUCUCAUGAAAAAGAUCUCUCAAAAAGAAGAUAUUUACGAAAACGCCACUAGGGUUUGCUCUUCACUCAGCGUUGGUUCGUUCUUGAAAUCUGGUUUUGAUGAUUACUGUGGUGGAGAAGAGAAUGGAGUUGACGAGCGUGGAAGAUCAUCGCUUGAAGAAGCUAUCUUCACGAUGUUUAGCAACACGCAGAGGACGUACACGUCAGCAGAUGAUCUCUCCACGCUUGACUACGCGGCGGAGAGUGAGUACCAGAUGUUUCCAGGGGAAGAGAUCACUAUAGCUAAAGGAUAUGUAAGCGUGAUCAAUCACUUGGCCUCUGUUCUUCUUCCUCUAGGUGUUAUCCAUUUGAAUAAAACGGUCACGAAGAUUGAGUGGCGGAGGAGUGAAGAGUGUCUACCUGUGAAGCUGUGUUUCUCUGAUGGGUCUGUUGUAUUUGCGGAUCAUGUUAUCGUUACAGUUUCUUUAGGUGUGCUUAAGGCAGGGAUUGAGAGUAGUGAUGGUGGAGGGUUGUUUAGUCCUCCUUUGCCUGGUUUUAAAUUAGACGCUAUCAAGAGGUUAGGGUUCGGUGUUGUGAACAAGCUUUUUGUUGAAGUGUCUGAGAGGCACUUCCCGUCGUUGCAACUUGUGUUUGACCGGGAGGAUUCCAAAAUCCCGUGGUGGAUGAGGAGAACCGCGACUAUAGCACCAAUACAUAGCAAUUCAAGGGUUUUGCUUUCUUGGUUUGCAGGCAAAGAAGCUUUAGAGAUUGAGAAACUAACCGAUGAGGAGAUUAUUGAUGGUGUUUUGACCACUAUCUCUUGCUUGACAGGCAAGGAAGUGAAAAAGGACAUUGAUACUACUAAGCCUUUUGUAAAUGGCUAUGUAAAUGGUAAUGAUGAUGAAGUCUUGAGUAUCACAAAGGUGUUGAAGAGCAAAUGGGGAGGUGAUCCUCUGUUCCGGGGAUCGUAUUCUUAUGUGGCUGUUGGAUCGAGUGGGGAUGACCUAGAUGCAUUGGCUGAGCCAUUGCCAAGGGUUAAUGAGAAGGGUGGUCAGGGAAAUUGUCAUGAUCAAGAUAAGGUUCAUGAGCUUCAAGUCUUGUUUGCAGGGGAAGCAACACAUAGAACACAUUACUCCACAACUCAUGGGGCUUACUAUAGUGGUUUAAGGGAAGCUAAUAGGCUUCUCAAGCAUUACAAAUGUGAUUUUUGAGUGUUGAUUUUAAGAAUAUGUUUUUUUUUUGGGUCAAUUUUAAGAACUUAGAAGCCUAUUUAGUUUUGUAAGAUUUUUUUUUUGUUAUUUUUAAUUUGUUUUUUCCUUCUAAAUUACAAUUUACAAGGACCUUCCAAUCUACCAAGCAAGUUCCUUCGUCGAUGAGUUUCAUGGGGACAAAGGAUAUAAAAGAAACAAAAAGGAUUAAAACUAAAGCAAGAUAAAGAUGUAUAAACGGAAUUUGGAUCUUUGUUUGUUCCUCACAAGUCACUUUUAUGUCGGUAGCACUACUUUUUCUCUUUGUUCUUCAGAAUUUAAUGUUUCUCUUUGUCA